AUGGCGGGUGGCGUCCACUCCUCCGUCCUCCUCGCCGCCCGGGGCAGCGACCCCGGAGUAGAUCCCUCCCCCAAAUCGCGCGGCGCGGCUGCAGACGAGGCUCAGACCAUGCAUGCACGCAGCGCACGCGUCAGACUCGGAGGGCAAUCCGCACACGCGCCAGGCAGUAGCCAGGUACCUAGUACGUGCCGGCUCGGCGCGCAGGCGAGCUGCAUGCCCGACGAGCCCGAGCCGGCACUGACUAGCGCGAGAGGCUGGAUGAUCGCCGGCUCGCUAGAAAGGACGGAUAAGAUGCCUGCGCGCGCGGAGGUGUGCAGCUGCUCUUCGGCUCGGGUACAUUCUCCUCGUCAGGGCGCGUCGGCGGGUGGACGAAGGGACGUGAUCGCGCGAAUGCCGGGGGCGAGUGGUCGAAUCGCCCAUUGUUCGCACUCGCACGGACAUGUAGAACCAGUUCUCCUCAACAUCCCGCGGUGGCUGCUGACCGACUCGUUCACGCCGUGCGGCUCCCCGCAGCUUCAGCGUACUGCCCCCAAGGUUCGUGGUCCUCCUGGACUCCGAGGCCUCCCGGGUUCGACGUCCAGGCAGUUCUGCGCGCGUCAGGCGCAACUGGCACGUCAGGAGAACUCGCCGAGUAUAGCAGGCGCGCCCUCCGCAUGUCCAGUGAGAACUGGCGUACAUCAGGCGCGCCGUUGCGCAAACUCUGUCCCUAUACCCACGGUGUGCGGUCGGCCUGGGAAGCCGCUUGUUCUCUUUGCGAAUAGAGCCGGGGCGUGA